AUGAAGCGAGUUGGCAUUCAAUCUGGACAGAAGAAAACAGCAUGGUGGACUGAAGAAAUUCGCAACGUCGUCCGUGAAAAGAAAAUAGCUUACCACAAGUGGAUACAACGGCAAACAACUGAAAACGGGCAGAAUUAUAAACAAAUACGAGAAAAGGUGAAGAAAAUUGUCUCUGAGGCAAAAUCAAAAUCAUGGGAACAGUUUGGUCAUCAACUAGAACAUAAUAAUCACUCGGCAAACAAAUUGUUCUGGCAAACCAUUCGACGACUUCAUAAAGGUGAACAGAAACCAACUCGUUCAAUAAAAGACAUGACAGGUCGCCUUUUGACACGAGAAGAAGAUAUUUUAAAUCGAUGGAAAAAAUAUUUUGCAGAAUUAUACAACCCAACAUCAGCAAAAUAUAUCAAAUUAAAUGAACCAACCGACAACGAAUCCAACACCAUAUCAACAACUGAAGUUACAACAGCCAUUCAAUCACUUAAAUCAGGUAAAGCAGCAGGAGUGGACGAAAUCAGACCAGAGAUGCUAAAAUCUCUCAAAUCUGGUGGUGUAGAUUGGCUUACUCGAAUCUGCCGUGUGGCUUGGACAACUGGUAAAGCCCCACUGGAAUGGCAGACCGAUAUUGUGGUUCCAAUCUUCAAGAAAGGAGAUCAGAAAGAGUGUUCAAAUUAUAGAGGAAUCACUCUGUUAAGUCUCCCAGGCAAAGUUUUCACCAGAAUUAUCGAACGUAGAUGUCGAGAUAUAGUUGAACCGCACAUUCAAGAGACACAAUGUGGUUUCCGCGCAAGAAGAGGAACAACCGAUCAAAUAUUCACGCUGCAACAAAUAUUAGAAAAGUCAUGGGAAUUCGCCAAGCUUGUCUACACAUUGUUCAUCGACUUAGAAAAAGCAUACGAUCGAGUACCACGUGAAAUACUCUGGAAGAUAUUACAAGAAUAUGGAAUACGUGGUCACCUACUAUCAUCAAUUCAAGCCUUAUACAACAACUGUAGAAGCUCUGUUCGAAUAAAUGGUAACAAAUCAGAACAUUUUCAGGUGAAAGUUGGACUUCGACGAGGAUGCGUAUUAUCUCCGUUAUUAUUUACGAUAUUUAUGGACAAGGUGUCUCGAACAAGUAUCAACCCAACCUGUAUCAACAUUGGUGAUGUAAAAGUGGACUCCCUUCUCUUCGCCGACGACAUUGCUCGGUUUGCACAAUCAACAACAGAUCUACAAAGUGCUCUCAAUAGAUUACAAGAAGUAUGCACAACCUAUGACAUGAAGAUAAACGUGAAGAAAACAGAAUUAAUGGUAACUUCAAGAGAACUCGAACAAUGCAACCUACAUUUAAACAACGAACAGAUCAACCUGGUAAAAACCUAGGAUUCUAGCAUUCUAUAGCGAUUUUCCAGGCAAUGAAAGCAUGGAAAAGAACUCUAAAGGACUCAAUUCGAAAGAGCUCAUCAAGAUCUACUUAGAAAGUUUCAUGAGAGCUUUGGAAAGUUGAUGAGAGCGAAUCCUGGGGCGUUUUGGGAAAAACCUAGGAUUCUAGCAUUCUAUAUCAAUUUUCCAAGCAAUAAAAGCAUGGAAAAGAACUCUAAAGGAGUCAAUUCGAAAAAGCUCAUCAAGAUGUACUUGGAAAGUUUCAUGAGAGCUUUGGAAAGUUGAUGAGAGCGAAUCCUGGUGGGAUUUAAUGAAAAACCUAGGAUCCUAGCAUU